UGGUAACAUAACAAUGUUGGUAACAUUGAUUUCAACCGUGGUAUUUCAAACAGAAAAUUUAUUCAUAACUCUGUGAUUCUUCCUUUUCGUUUCUAUCGCUGUCUUGUUCACGUAAAGUGGGGUUACUCCUGUGAAAAUUCGACAAAAUGGUUGCUACAAUGCAGAAACCAACUGCCGCUAAGGUUCAGCCAAAAAAGAAACAACAAAUCCGUGGAAAGGGUCUCAAAAAGAAGAAGGUAUCCUUGAAAUUCACCAUUGACUGCACCCAUCCAGUUGAAGACAGUAUCAUGGAUCUCGGAGAUUUCGAGACUUACCUGAAGGCUAAAAUAAAGAUUAACAAUAAACUUUCCAACUUCAGUGGCAAGAACGGACAACACUAUGUAACAUUGUCCAAGGAAAAGGGAACGAAACUAGUUUUAUCUGCUGAAAUUCCUUUCUCCAAAAGGUAUCUUAAAUAUUUGACCAAAAAAUAUUUGAAAAAGAACAACCUCAGAGAUUGGUUGAGAGUAGUAGCAUCAGGAAAAGAUAGUUAUGAGUUGAGAUACUUCCAGAUCAACGACCAAGAAGAGAAUGAGGAAGAAGAUAAUGAAUAAUUAUAUUUUAAAUAAAAAUAAAAUUGAAAACUA